CAGUUCUCUGUUAUCAUCAUCACCAGCAGCAUGGGCAUGGGCAUGGGCCACUACAGGCUGUCGUUUCUCAUCGUCUUGUUCGUGGGAUUACUCCAGCAUCCGAGUGCCGCCCAGACGAGGAGCUGUGCCAGGACUUGCAAUUUAUAUUUUCGCUGCUCGCCCUACUACAAAGAGCUGGUGUGGGCGGUUGUGGAUGGCGUUUGUCGCGUCUACCAGAACGGCUGCAUCUUUGGCAGCGAAAACUGCACGAGGGUCAAUCAAGGCCAGUCACCCUUGAGUGCCACCUCGCCGGAGAAGUGUAAGGAGUUUUGCCCCAGGCGUUGUCCGAGCGUUGGUCCAGAAGUCUGCGGCUGGUUUCCGUACAUCAAUAGCAACGGGGUGAACAGUGAUCGCUCUCUGGCCUUCCCCAACCGUUGUCUGUUGGAGCAAUAUGCCUGCCGGAAUAAUAUAGGUCGGUAG